GCAUAAACUUGCACAAGAUUCUUGUGCUCUACGAUCAAUUCUCUCAUACCCUUUCAAGUGCCGGCCUUUUGUACUUGAAGUGUUGUCAUCUUCCAAUAUUAAACAUCAUUAAUUCCAAAUUCACCUUCAUUGUUAUAUCCGUCAAUGCACCAAUUAAAAUCCUGCAUAAUCAUACUUUUAAGCUCUUGAAAAAAAUCUUUGUUUCUUUGUUUAAUGUUAUCUUUGAUCCAAAAUGAAGAUAAUUCCCACAUGCAUAUUGUUUCUUACGUUGUUCUCGCUUACCGACACAGCUAGAUCGGUCGAUGUAGACGCUAUACGUGCACUGGCCGGUUUUUUUGAAAAUCUUUCUGUAAACUUUUCUCAGUCGGUUCCUGUUUCGGGCUGGAACCGAACUUCUGAUCCUUGCGUGAGUAACUGGACGGGUAUCGUUUGUUACGAUCAAACACCGUCGGUUAAAUCGAUUGUUUUAAACGCUUUUAAUCUUUCUGGUGCUUUUAACCCGAGUUUCAUUUGCAAUGUUGCAUCUCUUGCCACAUCUAUUUCUGUUAUUAGCCUUGAAAACAAUAAUCUUCACGGGGAUAGUUUCGACACUGUUGCUAAUUGCAAAAGCCUCACUCACUUGUACAUAAGCGGAAACAAAUUCUCCGGUAGCAUACCGGAUUCUCUCACCCGGUUAAACAAUCUCAAGAAACUCGAGAUCUCAAAUAACGGGUUCUUGGGUUCUUUACCUAAUCUUGCCCGAAUCUCGGGUUUAAUAGAUUUCACUGCUCAAAACAAUCACCUAUCGGGGUCCAUACCCGAAUUCGACUUUUUAAAUUUAGACUCGUUUAAUGUCUCCAACAAUGAUUUCUCCGGCCCGAUUCCACCGGGUGGUGACCGUUUUACCGCCACCAGCUACUUUGGUAAUCCUCGCUUAUGUGGCGACCCAUUGCCAGUCAAAUGUGACGUCCCGAGCUCGCAUGCCUCGGAUUAUUCCAAAAAGAAUGGACCGUCUUCAUCCGAGAUUCUCAUGUAUUCGGGUUAUGCUCUUGUGGGCUUAAUCGUGAUUCUCGUUGUAACGCUUAAGGUGUGUAAAAAGGGAAAGAAAAAAGAAGAAUCAAUAAAAGAAGUUGAUCAUAGCUUUCAUUCAAAAGAAAAUGAUGCUUCAACGCCAUACACUUAUGCAUCAAACGAGCUUAAAAGUGUUGCGAUGAGUAAAUCCGAGGUGUUUGUGGGUAAUUCGGUAGAGAGUGCACCCGUUUCUUCAUCUUUGAUUGUUCUAACGAGUCCGGAAGUAAACGGGUUGAAAUUUGAAGAGUUGUUGAAGGCACCCGCGGAGUUGUUGGGGCGAGGGAAGCAUGGGAGCGUGUAUAAGGUGAACUGUGAAGAACAACGUAUGACACUCGCUGUUAAGAGGAUCAAAGAUUGGUCAUUACCCUCGAAUGAUUUCAAGUUAAGGAUGAAAAGAUUGAAUAAUGUGAAACAUCCUAAUGUGUUACCGGUUGUGGCGUUUUAUUGUUCUCGACAAGAGAAGCUUUUGGUUUAUGAGUAUCAACCAAAUGGAAGUCUCCUCAAACUCCUUCAUGGAAUGGCAACGGGCCAAACAUUCGACUGGAGCAGCAGGCUAGGAGUUGCGUCUGCCAUAGCCGACGCUUUAGCUUUCAUGCACGACGAGCUUCGUCCAGACGGUAUAGCUCAUGGAAACCUAAAGUCCUCAAACGUCUUAUUCAACAAGAACAUGGAGCCUUCGAUCAGCGAGUAUGGUCUAAUGACGGUGGACAAUUCCGCCAAUUCACCACUCAUUAACGACACCUUCCAGCAUUUCAACACUGAUCAAAUCGAAUCUGCAUUCAGAGCCGAUAUCCAUGCAUUAGGAGUUAUUCUUCUCGAGCUCUUAACAGGAAAGAUGCCAAUGGUUGAGAACAAUGGGAUGGAUCUGGCUACAUGGGUCGUGUCCGUGGUUAAAGAAGAAUGGACCGUUGAAGUGUUUGAUAGAGCCCUGAUUCGCGAAGGUGCGAGUGAAGAGAGGAUGGUGAAUUUGCUGCAAAUAGCCAUAAAAUGUGUGGACCGGUCUUCGGACUCGCGGCCUAGCAUCAACCAAGUUGCUGUUAUGAUAAACAAUAUCAAGGAAGAAGAUGAAAGAUCUAUGGAUGUUUCUGAAUCUCCAUUUUCUAUGAGACAUUAAAGGUGGUGGUACUUAAUCUUGAUGCAAGUAUGAAGAAUUAAUGUUUUUUAAUGCAUAAAAGGGGUUGCAAUUUUUAUGAAUAUUUUUGGACAUUUGGUUUUUAGGGUUUCUGCAUGCAGAUAGUAGUUUUAAGGUGGGUUAAAUUUUAUUUUGAAUUAAGUUUGUUUUACUAAUUUAAUCAUUUUGUUUGUAUUCACUAAAGAAGAAGUGUUGAUUUGUCUUUUAAUUAAAUUC